UGUACCAAAGAGGCAAAGACAGUCCUCAAAAGUAUGAAACUUGAAGAAGUCUAAGAAAACUAAACCAAAAGAAGCUCGAAUCCAUGGGGGAGGCUGUUGCAGACAGUGAACAGGAGAAACGGAUUGUGCAUUACAGCAGCAAUCAGAAGAUACUGUUAGUUGGUGAGGGCAACUUCUCUUUUUCUUCUUGUUUGGCAAAAGAAUUUGGUUCUGCUACAAACAUGGUUGCCACUUCCCUCGACUCCAGAGAGUCAGUAUUGGCCAAGUAUUCAAAUGCAGCACCAAGGAACUUGGCAGAAUUGGAGGGCAUGGGAUGUGUUAUACUGCAUGAGGUGGAUGUACACACCAUGAGGCAACACCCUUACUUAAAAGAUCUGAUGUUUGAUCGUAUAGUCUUCAACUUUCCUCAUGCUGGUUUCGUUUUUAUGGAAAACCAGAAAAAACAGAUCAAGUUGCAUCAGAAGCUAGUGAGGCAAUUCCUCAAGAGCGCAUGUGAAAUGUUGAAAGAAAGUGGAGAAAUUCACGUCACUCACAAGACCCCAUAUCCUUUCAGUAAAUGGGAAAUAGUGAAGUUAGCAGGAGAUUUUGGGCUAUAUCUGGUUGAGGAAGCCUCGUUUUCCAGAGGGGAUUAUCCAGGUUAUCUAAACAAGAGAGGGAGUGGGAAGAAAUGCAAUCGCACUUUUCCUGUUGGUCUAUGUAGUACCUACAAGUUUGCUAAGCUACCUCUUCUUAAAUUCUCAGAGGCAACACUCAUGUAAUUGGAAAAUAAUUCUGACUUAUCUGGGAAAGCAAUGUUUGAUUUGAGUUUGCAUAGUCUCAUGCUGCAGACCGUAUUACUUUUAAGUAAUUUACUUGUAUGUAUAUACCUAGA